CAUACGGCAGGACGUUAGAGUCGUUCCGGUACAAUGAACCUGCAUCUAGAGCCAUUACCGUAUAAAACAACGUGUAACAUCAGUAAGGAGUACCGUGAACACGUUCCAUCAACGUACAUACACGGCGAUGCAGCAAUGCGGCUAAAUGCGACACUCUACGGAUCGAUCCGAUCAACCACUCGCUUACCCCCAAACUCGUCUCAUCCGAAAAUCCCACCCAAUCUGAUACGGUGCAAGUACUAGCUAUUGUUCUUAUGCGAUCAUCGGAUAUAGCAGUACAUUAGAGAUCUGGUCUCAGUCAUGACUUGAGGCUCGGGUGACAGUACCGGUUUCCUGGAAUUCGGACUUCGCGUACCUGGCAAUCGUUAAACGUGAGGUAUUAUGCUAUCUAUUAAGAUCUGGCGUGCUUUUAAUGGGAAUUUUGAAUGGCCUCAUUUUCAAAGCGUAUGGGACAUAGGGUUUGGCGGAACUCAACCCUCGGGGCGUCAGUCACUGGCAGCAAUGAUUGAGGCCCCAGCAAUCGUUGGAUACUUCAACUCUGGCGCGUUCAAACGGUUGUGAUGCUGAUACUGUAUUAACAUUUUGAUUGGGUAUAUUGGUACAUGCAGAC